GCUGUUAUUUCACGUGUUCAUAUCGCCGCCUUGUGUUUCGGAUGAGACGCACAAAUAUGACGCCUACGUAACCGGAAGUUGCGUAGGGCGCGCGGGUCGUGUUUGCGGAGCACUAUGUCUGUUCAGACAGAAACGAUGAAGCAGGGGGGAGAGAAACAGAAAGAAGAUGAAGAUGAAGGAGUGACUCCAGGCGGUGAAGAGCUGAGUCAGAAGACGGGGAUGAAGAGGAAACAUGAUGAUGAUGAAGAAGCAGCAGAAGAAACAUCUCCCACCAAGAAGCAGGUGACUGACCACAGUGUGAAGGUGGCGACUCACUAUAACAAGCUGCAGGAAGUUGGUCUGGCAGCUAGAAGUCAAAGCAGGAUCUUCUUCAUGAGGAAUUUUAACAACUGGCUAAAGAGUGUCCUUAUUGGUGAGAUCCUCGAGCAGGUACGUGAGGCAGGCCACAGACAGGUGUCUGUGUUGGACCUCGGCUGUGGUAAAGGAGGAGACCUGCUCAAGUGGAGAAGAGGAGGAAUCAGCCACCUGGUCUGUGCAGACAUAGCCGGAGUGUCGGUGGAGCAGUGCCAGAGUCGUUAUGAUGAUAUGAAACGGAAAAGCCACCCGAGUGAAAGAAUCUUCAGCGCUCAGUUUAUCACCGCAGACUGUUCAAAGGAGGUUUUGUCAGAGAAGAUGGACGACCAAGACCAGAUGUUUGACAUCUGCAGCUGUCAGUUUGUGUAUCACUACUCAUUUGAGAGCGAACAGAAAGCAGACAUGAUGCUGAGGAAUGCCUGCGAACGCCUGAAACCCGGAGGCUUCUUCAUUGGAACGACGCCAGACGCCUAUGAACUUGUAAAACGUCUGGAGACGUCAGAAUCUUUGUCGUUUGGAAACGAAGUCUUCAAAGUCUCCUUUCAGUCCAAAGGUUCCUACCCCUUGUUCGGGUGUCAGUAUCACUUCAGCCUUCAGGGAGUCGUGGACGUCCCCGAGUUUCUCGUCUACUUUCCUCUUUUCGAACACAUGGCGAAGCGUUACAACAUGCGCCUGGUACUGAAGCAGAGGUUCUCUGAGUUCUUCGAGGACAAGGUGAAGAAGGAGCAUCAUCGCAGACUCAUGAUGAAGAUGACGGCUUUGGAGCCAUAUCCCUGUGAUGAUAGAGGCCAACAAGCUACGGAUAACCGAGAGGAGUACUGCCAUGCCAAAGAGCACUGCGACAGAGAUGGAGUCAAACCACCGGUGGGAACCCUGAGCAGAUCUGAGUGGGAGGCGACCAGUAUCUAUUUGGUGUUUGUCUUCCAGAAAAUGUCCUGAUGCUGCAAACAAACUCCUCUUCUUCACCUCACCUGUUCUUCAGCUUGUGUUUGUACAGUAUUUCUGUUGUCUUUUUAAGUUUUUGAUGAACUAUGAGCUAUAAUGGGAAUGAAUUCAUGUUACAAACUCAUCUGUUCUAGUGUUUUCAUUUUUUCUGUAUUACUGUCUCACAAUACAAUGAUGGGAAGAAUUGGGUUGAACCAUAGUUUUUUAGGAUCAUGUAGCUUUAGAAUGUUGUGAAACUGGGUCUGUUUGUAAAUACAUUGGUCCAAGAAUUGAACUAAAACAAGUGAAGCGUGGGCAUGGAAGCAUGUUGAUGUGGUUGCACAUCUAUAUUAAGUUAGUCAAGGCUUUAGUCAGUAUUAAAACUUUUUCUCAAGAAAUUCUGCUCUUAUGCCUAAAGAAAUUUAAAAAAAGUGGCAUAGUAUUUUUUUAGUGGUUAUUUUUGAUGCUUCAGGCUGAAACAUCUACUCAGAUACCUGCUCAUUUGCUUGGAUCCUGCAAAAAAAAUCCAUAACCUAUAAAUGAUUAGUUAUAAUAAUGAGCCUCAGUGCAAAUACCAUUUUAGUUCUAUUUAUUGUGCUUUGUCUGCUCCCUCCCUCAAGGGUGCCAUAGCUCCUCUUGUUUAGAUGGAAAAAUAAAGCAUUACACCUGUCAGUGUUCAUUUUCUUUUACAGUUGUAGACAUCCUUUGUAAACAUGGCACAAGCCUAUCUA